AUGGACCAGUGGACCCCCAAAUCACUUCCGGUCACGAUUUGGGAUGUGAGGCCGACUGCCUCCUCUUUGGUGCAUCGGGGGAUCGUCAGGGCCUCGACUGAUUCUAACUUUCUGCCUACCGCUCGCCUCCUCUUUCUCGCUGCCCUCUUCGUAAACACGGCCACUCUUUCUUUGUGUCUCUCCCUCUUUCCCUUCUGCGCUAGAAUCAAAGCGCUCUCGUCAUCGUGCCUUGGGGUCAUCUGCGAAUUCGACUCGCAAAUUAUCCCAUACUUGUUCAAGACACCUACGUUCGGUCGAACUCGUCUCGACGAAACGAAUCAAAUCGCCCUUGCCUCUUUCUUCACCACAAAUCUCCAUGUCGUUCCGCAGGAACUUGGGCGACAUCCGCUCCACCUCUCACGAUACUUUGCGGGGCGGCUUGCCAUCUCCGCGCAUCGAACACUACGAUGGGGAAGUCCCCCCACGCUAUCACCGCUAGAUGCCUUCGCAGCACAAGGCCGGUUACUCGCCAAACAACUGGAUGAAUCGCGCAGACGAGAUCGGCGCAUGAGCCGAUUACCACCCUCGAGCGUCGCGCGAUCGCUUUCCAUCCCGCGACCGGGAUACUUUCGCGCACCCUCGAGCGACUCUCAGGUGGACACCCUGACCCGAAAGCCGACAUUAAGAGCUCGCCCCGAUCCUGAAGAGCCAAAGUACAGACCCAUCUCGGAACACCCCCGCUUCAGUUCCAUCUCACACCCCAGUCAGGACGGCGAUCCAGACGAGGAGGGGAAAGAUGAGUUGGACCAGGACGGGAACGAGGACGAACAGCAGGACACUCCCCGCACUAUUAUGGUGCAGUCGAGCGCAAUGAGUUUCGAUAUACCUCGCGCAGAUUCACCCGAGCAUGACCCUUCCUUGGCAACAGGGAUAGAUGGCGCCUCGCCAGAGUCGGAGGCCAACAAUUCACGCAUGUCGUCCACGGAUUCAGUAGGCCGACUGCUGAUUCCCCGCAACCUGGCACCGCCUGUAUCUCCCGGUUCUCGUCCGCCGAGUAGGACUCGAGUGCUCAACACCGAAAGCUCCGAUGAUGACUACAGUAGCUCAAACGGUGGUUCGACGUUUUCAAAGCCGCGCAAACUCUCGUCGGGCAGCGCUGUAUCGGCGCCGUACUCGCCUAUGUCUAAUUAUCCCUUCCGGGUUCAUCCACGCUCGCCCUCGUUGAGCUCAGAGACCUCUGUCGCGAGCUAUCUUCCUCGCCCUUCAUUCAAUUUCUCACGACCUCUAAGUCGCUCAAGUACAAGUCUCUCAGCACCGGGCCCGUCGGCCACUUCCGAGCCCGCGACGACGCCGACGAUGGGCUCACAGCACCAGCGUUGGGACCGUCAGUCUCAGCAAUUGCACCGUCCAGGCAAACCGGCGCCCAUAAUAGUUCCAAUAGCCUCCGAUGGUACGCCCAAAUCCCCUGGUGAUGAAGACCAGCCCUCAUCAGCCACCUAUACCUACGCCAAAUACGAUCUUCCACGCGGCCGCGCCGUCUCACGCAAUUCAGUGGUCUUUGCAGGAUUGCAAACCCCUCAUUUUGAGUGGCAGGAGCCUCUAUUUGAGAAUUCGCCGCCUCGACAUUCCGAGGAGAUUCCACGCUCCGCUCGUACGCCCCCUCCCUCUCACACUCGCGUCGAGAAUUCUCCCAAGCCCCAUUCCAUGUACGAGGUUACAGCAGCUCCGGUGGCAGUGUCGGUGUCAGGCCCGUCACAGUCCUCUGGCGCUGCCCAGGCCCCGGAGUCCCCCCCGAGAGCCGCACCAUCGCCCGCGAUCGUUUCGCCUCCUCGACCAUCGACCGAAUCCGCUCGGCCCAAGACGAGUGAAAAGGACGAGACAGUGUCUUCGGCCGACUCAGCUAGCACCCUUCGCCCUCAAACGGCGAUGACGCAGGUCAGCAAGACCAGCUCACUCACCUUGACUGCGGACGAUCACGUCACCAAGGGUAUUGAGUUGCACGAAGCGGGCUCGCUCAAUGAAUCGACGUACCAUUUGCGCAUUGCAGCGAAGCAGAACAGCCCGAGGGGAAUGCUGUUGUAUGCGCUGGCUUGUCGCCAUGGCUGGGGUAUGCGCGCCAAUCAACAGGAAGGCGUGCGGUGGCUGCGCAAAGCCGUGGAUUCUGUCGGGCUGGAAAUGCUAGCGAAUCCCGACGCCCCCGGUGCUUCCCAAGCCAAGGAGCUUGAAAAGGCUUUCAAGACCCAGUUCGCCCUGAGCAUCUAUGAAUUGGGUGUCAGUCACCUUAAUGGAUGGGGCACCGAGCAGGAUAAAUCGCUCGCAUUGCGAUGCUUCGAGAUUGCCGGUCAAUGGGGUGAUACGGAUGCCAUGGCGGAAGCUGGGUUCUGUUACGCCGAAGGUGUGGGUUGCAAGAAGGAUCUGAAAAAAGCCGCUCAUUUCUAUCGCGAGGCUGAGGCUCGAGGAAUGAGCAUGGUCGGAAAUAGCUGGAUCUACAAAGCCAAGUAUAUGGGCGAUAAUGAGGCCCGUGGAGGACGCUCUCGUGGACGCACUGUCAGCAGUGAGAAAAAGUCAAAUAGCGAGAAGAAACCACGCAGCAAGUCGCGCACACGUGGUUUGUUCCAGCGAAAAAAAGUCUGCCGCUGA